AGUCUUUCAAGCUGAACAAAUCUGAACCUCGACUUGAGAAAGUUAUUUACGAAAACAACAAAACCCAGUGUUAUCCCAACUCCCUUGGAGUCUGUGGAAAGAGUUCCAUCAUAAUGGGGAGAACCCAGUACAAUCCCAAGUCUGUUAGGAUCUUGGAAAGAGUUUCACUAUAAUGGAGAAAGGGAAACCUUAACUUUCAUUUUCGCGAGAAGCUUCCAUGACUCGAACCCGUGAUCUCAAGGUCACGCGACAACUCCUCACCCGGUGUGCCAAGGGCAAGGUUCCCCUGAAAUAUGAAUAGGAACCUAAAACCCGAACAGAAUGAGAAUAGAAAACCAUCCCUUCAAACAAAAGCAUAUGAAAAUAUGCUCCAGGCUUGAAGCAAUUUUGAAGCAGCAAUGUAAAUACCCCGUAACUUGGACUGAACUUGAACUAAUCUUCACUUAACAUGUUUGAAACUUUGGAUUAUAAUAUUAACUCUUUGUCAGACAAGGUUGGGACUUGGGGUAAGAAACACUCAAUUUAUUGUGCUAUUUCUAUGGUUCAAAGAUCUUCGUCAGAAAAUUCGUCCAGCCUUCAAACAUGCUGAACCAUGCUGCUUUUUUAGGUUUCUGGUCUACUGGAUAGGGUUGAGUCCAUUUUCAUUAAACACUUCUCGAAUUCUAACAGAAGAAAGGGUAUGAAAAAAUUGAGGCCAAUGCCAAAGUCAGAAAAGCACCGUGUGACAUUUUUUUCAGGCUUCUUUUCUGGUUGCUCAAUUGCUUUGUUAGUUGCUCUUACUUUGCUAAGAGAUACAAGAAGGGUGAUGGAGGGUGAUUCCUCUAAUCUGGACAACAUAUUUCCACUUUACAGGUAGAGGAAUAACUCGGGUUUUCAUUUUAAAAUAUUUGUAUAUACUAUCCUAUAGAACUGACUAAUUCACAAUUCUGCAGUUUUUAUGCAUAUAUCGUGCUGCAUAUGCUUCUUUAUGCUGCAAACUUAUAUUUCUGGAGGCACUACAAAAUCAACUAUGCUUUUAUUUUUGGUUUCAAGGAAGGGACUGAAUUGGGCUACCGGGAUGUCUUUCUUCUAAGCAACGGUCUAGCGAUGCUUGUCCUUGGCACCUUUCUGGCUCAUGUGCACUUGAAUAUAGAUUCACGAGCUCAAUAUUAUAGCAGAUAUAUUGAGUUUGUUCCAUUGGGAUUGGUCGUUGUUCUGUUUGUACUUCUGUUCUGCCCCUUUAACAUAAUGUACCGAUCAAGUCGGUUCUUCCUCAUUAAAACUGUUUUUCAUUGUGUCUGUGCACCUCUCUACAAGGUCACUCUUCCAGACUUUUUUCUGGCAGACCAAUUUACAAGCCAGGUAGAAGCAAUAAGGACUUUGGAGUACUAUGUCUGCUACUAUGGAUGGAAAGAUCCCAAAGAGAGACAAAACAAAUGUCACGGUCACGACAUCUAUGAUGUGUUCUAUUUCAUCCUUGCAUUUUUCCCGUACUGGUUUCGAUUCCUCCAGUGCAUUCGCCGGCUGUUUGAAGAGAACGACAUUGCACAUUUGUAUAAUGGUUUGAGAUACUUCUUGACAAUCGUGGCAGUAGCUAUUAGAACAGCUUUUGAACUGAAAGGGAGAUUGAGCUGGAAAGUCUUUGCCAUACUAAUGUCAGUUCUCGCAACCAUAAUGAACACGUAUUGGGAUAUUGUUGUAGACUGGGGUCUCCUGCGAAGGAAAUCAAGGAACAGGCUUCUUCGAAAUAAACUCGUUGUUUCUCAUGCGAGUGUAUAUUUUACAGCUAUGGUUUUGGACGUUGCCCUCAGAUUUGCUUGGCUGCAGCUCGUGCUAAAAUUUAAUGUUGCUUCUUUGCGCGGGAAUAGAAUAUCAAGCAUAUUUUCCUGCCUUGAAAUUCUUCGUCGUGGCAUGUGGAACUUUUUCAGGUUGGAGAAUGAACACCUAAACAAUGUGGGCAAGUAUCGCGCAUUCAAGUCAGUGCCCCUUCCAUUUAGUUACCACGACGAUGAGGAUGGAGACAAGGACGAAUAACAUAUUCACGAUGUUUUUCAAGAAAAAAAGAAUGAACGAAAAUUCUCUCGAAGCGCAUAGCAGGUGAUCAUAAGUCAAGUUCUCCUUUGACAAAUUGUGGACAUGAGGGAGGUAUAUAUGUAUAUAAAAGUGCAAGAGUAUGUACAAUUUUGUGAGCAAAACAACCAAAUGUAAAAUGCGAAUAAACGGAGAUAAAAUAGAAAAGCUCAAUAAGUUUGAGUGAAAACUUCUCAUUUUUUCACAUUUACUAAAAGUAGUAUACCAACCAACUUGUAGUGUUAAAAUAUCUCCUCAAUUACCAAAUAUUAACUACGAGUAUAUUAGAGUUUAUUUUAUGAGCAGGUGUGCGAAAAAGCAAAACUGGCGUGCCAAGGAGGCAAGGACCUUGUAGUCCAAUGACACCGUUAUGACUUUCUCAAAUGAGAGGUCACAUGGUCGAUCUCCAGUGCGGACAGUAACUCUACGAGCUUUAAUAGAUUGAGAAUGUAUAAACAGAUAUCACAUUGUCUUGGCUAAAGGGAUGUGAUGUGCAAUGUGCGUAGGGUUAUUUUUCUUGUUUGAUUUUUAUCCAAAUAAAAAACCAAACUGAACUACUGAAGGGGGCAGUGUCCUUAUUAGAGAAAUCAACAACAACAACAACCCAGUUAAAUCCCACAAGAGUAGGGUCUGGGGAGGGUGUGUGUACGCAGACUUUACCCCUACUCGAAAGUAGAGAGGCUGUUUCCAAAGAGACCCCCGGCUCAACGUCGAAAGUUGCAUUGCUUGACUAACUGCUACUUCAUUAAUUAAAGAAGCGCAGACAGUUUAGAGAUCCAUUUUGAUUUAUUCCAUCACACCCCAAAGCCAAAAAAUGGUGAAAUUUUGG